AAUUUCGGAUAGCUCCUUCUCAUAAUACUAUGUAGCUGCAAAUCGUUGUAAAAGUGCAUUUUUCCAAUGAAAUAUACUGUAAAUUAAGUGUUCAAACAUGUCUGAAGGUAGUUCCGACUCGGAAAGCUGCCCAAGCUUUCUUACCGAAUCGGAAAGCGAACAUGAAUCCAACUAUGGUGAGGAAAAGGAACAGAAGGAAGUGGACUAUACGGCCACAGCAAAGGAGAUCAUAUGCGAGAAUGUGAACAUAACGACCGAUAAUGCGUUGAAGCUCAACAGCGGCUACCACAAUAUGCUGAAAGUGCUGAAGAAUAAGCUGGAGAUACUGCUGGCCCAGUGUCAAGAUCGGCAGGUGGAAAUCGGGAAGCAGAUUGAAGAAUACAAGAGCAACAAGAAACCGCUGGUGGGGAAAGCCAGAACGUCUGGAUACAUCUGUGGUCAGCCGUACUUUAAGGACGAGGAUUUGUAUCCUGGUCCGCACAAUGAGGAUUACUUGCAUAGAAAGAAUGUUCUAAAGGAGUUCUUUCCAUUGGAUAUGUUUGAAUCAACGGACAGUAAUUGGACUGUUAAGGAUAAGGUGAACAUAUUGAAGGGGGUGAAGUUGCAGAUAAUUGAGUUCAUUGAGAGGGAGAACCGUCUGAAGAUUAAGAAGCUGGGAAACGGUUUGGAAGCGGAGCGCUUGAGACUGGAGAUGGAAUCGCUGAAGAAGAGAGAUGUCAAUGAUUUGUGGGAGACGGUUAAGCGUUUUGCAAAUGAGUACCCUGGGCAAAAGUUUGAGAUUGAUUGGUUGCGAAUUUCAAAUGUUGAAAUUAGCGGAAGGCACUCGGUGGCUGCUUGUGUCGGAUUGUGGAACAACUACAUGCUUCCGGGGCUGGUACGAGAUGCUUGGAAGGCAGAUGAUGAGUCGACCCUACUGGAUGCGGUGCAAAGGAAUGGCAACCAAGAUUGGGCUCGGAUUGCGGCGGAAGUACCGGGAAGAUCGCCUUAUCAAUGUUUUGUACAUUUUCAGACAACGUUUUCCCAGCUGGCUCAGAUCAAGCGGGAACGUUGGACCCCAGAAGAAGAUGCGCGGUUGGUGAAGGUAGUAGAUGAGAAUAGAAUCGGUAAGAAUAUCGUUUGGAAUAAGGUGGUGGAGAACAUGCCACUGAGGAAUAAGAUCCAGUGCUACAAUCGGUACAUGUUCACCCUCAUGAGGCCAACUAAGCAUACCAAAUUUACACCGGAGGAAGAUUGCGUCAUUCUUGCGUACGUUCAGCAGUGUGGUGACGAUUUCCGGUUUGUUCCACCAAACUUGCUGCCAGGAAGGUCUAAUCGACAGAUUUGGGCACGAUACAACCAUACGUUGAAAUAUGUUAACAAACACUCGGGAUGGACCAUUGAAGAAGACAUGCGUCUUAUGAACUUUAUUAAGGAGAAUUUGACCGAUGAAGGACCGAGGAAAAUUUCUUGGGCAGCAUGCUCCAAAGCGCUGGGAAACCAUUCACGAUUGAGCUGUCGAACACGCUACUAUACGAUUGAAAAGUUUUUGGAAAAGAAUCCGGACGCUACGCUGGACGAUGUUCCACGGAAGGGAAAAAAGCUGUCCUCAAAGGUAACCGACGAAAACUGGAUGAAAACCUUUAUAAAGAUCCGUAACGAAUCGAAUGAUGCACAAUCGGCGGAAGUGCAAGAAGAACCUUCCACAUCCGGUGCAGUGCAGGUAGAGAAGAAGUUCAAAUCGAAACGGAAGUCGAAAGUCGUAGAAAGCAAACCGAGUCGUGUCUUCUCGGAUACCAUCAAAUGUGCAAUUAAGAAAAAGUUCUACGAAAAAUUCAAAUACUCUUUCCACUAUCGCUUCGGAGAUCAAUCGCCCGCCAUAGAGAAUAACAAGGUUUUCUGUCUCAAUAAAGCAGUAUUCCACCUGCUAAACUGUACGACCAACUUAGACCGUGUCAGCGUCUACAUGGACAGCUUUACUCCGCAUGAACAGGUACUUCUGCGGAGCAGUCUCUCCAUUAGGCUUAAUCCAGGCUUGAAGAACUUUCUGCAAAGUGCAGUGUUUUGUUUCCUGUUUCCUCCUAACUACAACACAUUGCUUGGUUUGCGGGGCGUCGUUCUAAAUGCUACCUAUCCCAGUGAACCCAGAGCUACUAACAAAGAAGACAAAAUCGAACUGGGGCAAACCAACGAAGCAAGUUACCAAUACGCAUUGAACACCUUUCGCAAUCGCUUCCGAAUGCUGUUCUACUGGACGAUGCUACUGGUUAAGCAGAAUCCAGCCGAAGCCACCUUCAUAGACGCCGAUGAGCCACCAAAGCAAGAAGACUACCCUCAGAACUCUCUCGAACAGCAGCAGAUAGCCCUGGAACAAUUAAAUAAAUUGUGUCAAAGUGAGCGGCUGUCUAAAGUCGGUCAUACCAGCAAUCCAAAUCGCCCAACGCUUAACGAUGCGACCGUCUGCCUAGAGCAAUUGGAAAUCAACCGUCGGCAUCCAUCGAUUCGUCAACCGAUAACACCCAAAGUGCAGAUCAUUUCCGUCAAAAAAAUCACCGGGGCAUCUUCUGAACUGAUCCCAAGCAAACCUUCCCAGCUGCAGUCCAGUCAAAUUUCGAGCGAAUUUACUUCGGCGACUGUCGCAUCAUGUUCACCCCCGGUCGCUAGCGUUCCAGUCGUUCCACAACAACCUCCGUAUCAACUCGAAUACUCCAUUCUGCCGGAGCAGGUGCAUAUUUUCGAAUCGAGCGCUCCCGUUUACGGACAGCCCGUUACUUUAGAAGCGGAGAAACUGCCAGCUCCGAUGGAGUUCGUCGCGCAUAUAACCAUCAUCAAUCCGGAAGACCUCCCGGCCGUUCGGGUGCCAGCGGAACCGGAAAGUAUUCUACCGUCAGUCGAGUCUGAGCAAACGGAGGAGAAAUCAAACGGGGAAUUGCCGUUGACUACCGAGGCACCAACGACUGUCGAAAUCAACGAAAUGGCUGACGAGCUGUAUCAGAAUAAGGAGGGCGGUAGUGGCACUGGAGACGGUCGUUUGGAACAAGCGGAACCAAAACUGGAGCUUGGAGAUUCAAACCGGGAAGAUGUAGAACCAGUGAUGCAGGAAGUCACAGACCAGACGAAUUCGCCUUACGAAUCAGUUCAUUCAGCAGAGAUCGAAGAAAUAGCUACCAACCAACUCAACCUUGAAACCUUGGCUGAGUUGCCACCCGAAGACGUUUCUCGAACCGAAUACGAAACUGCAGCAUCAGAAACGACCGAAGAGACCGAACCCAAACAUGAUCCUCCGGAAGUCGUCAAUACGCUACCGUUGGAAGAAUGCCCCGAGUUAACCAACAGCAUGGACACUCCCGAGUCCUACAUCGAUGAUAUGGAAACUUCUCUGGACCAUUCCCGACACAGUUUGGACAUGGAACUAUCCAGCAUCACCGUCACCGCAGACUCCAGCGGUAGCUCUUCUUCGUCCGACGCGGAAAAUUCCAUUGAACAACUCAAUUCGCUCAGUUCCACGCAGGUUACAAAUGUCACCAACGUGGGCGAUUUUGUUAUUCAAGAGCUGCAAGAAACGGAUUGCCUUAGUCCGAAGAAAUCUGACGAUCUGGACGAAUCGGUGCUGGAUGACGUUCCUGAAUCGGAAUCCUACGUGGAACCUAGUGCGAGCUUCGAGUCAUCCCAGCAAGACCACAGCUCGCAGUCUUUGGAUGAACCGGAUUGGAAUCCAGAAUUAUGUGAAGCUCCCAGGAGGACCUACAGUCGAUCGACGCACAGUAUUUCGAGGCAUAGUGAUAGACUGAAGCAGUCGUUAAGGUCUCCAUCGCAUGCUUGGCGCUGGUUGCAUGUGGAUGAGUCCAAUCGCGAAGAUGUAGAGUUGCAUAGGAGUUUGUGGAAAGAAUGUGAUCCCUUUAGGAUGCAAUUCCAAGCCACUCAAUCUAGUGAAGAUAUACCUAAAACAGAGCUAGUUGCACCACACAUUGACGAAAUCAUUGUAAUAGAUGAUGAUGAAGUCGAAAUCAAGGACGAACCUGUGGAUCCCACAGAACCAGAGACGGAAAAUGCGGUGGACGAAGCGUGCAUUCAGCAAAUAAUCGAAACCGCGAGCAACAUUCUCCAGUUAUCCAAAGCUUUUAAGAUUACAAACCCAAAUAACGAUGAACCUGCACAACCCGCAGAACUCCCAGUCUUCUUUGAACCGUACUCUGACGCGCAGACCGGUUCGUUGAUAGUCCAAACUCCAUCUAGAGUUUUCGACGAACAGUCCAACUGCUACUACUACGUAGAUGAAAUACAGGAUGCUCCGUUGUUGAUUGAAGGCACCCAAACCUCGGAGCAUUACCCCUUGGAGUACUGGUCAUUCCGUCACGACGAACAUUAUUCUGAAAAUGGCAACACGGACACGAUACAGUUUGAAACACCUCGAAGGAUACUGACACCGGCACAGGAUCCACAAACGCCAUCAUCGUCCAGGACAGUUACACCCCGCCAGUCGCCGGUGCAAAUCAAAACGUACACCGCCAGAACUAAACCUAUGUCCAAGUCAAACAUGGUAGAAACUCUGGUCCUUCAGCAAACGUGCUUAGAUAGCCCAAAGAUUCGGCAACCGAAACGGCCGCCACGUGAUCAGACGAAAGCUAGCCCUCAGCAGCAGCACUGCAUUCAAAACCAGGCCCUCUCGCUGUUGGAUGCUCUUUUCAGGCAGCCCAGACUCACACCAACACGGCAGCGGCCACUAAGUCCAUCCACUUCCAUGACGUCGAUUUCAUCCUGUAACUCAGAGCUCUCAAAACGACCACCCUCUAGUCAGCGGCUGAGCGUAGAACAGCCGAUCAAAAAGUUUAAAGUAGAAGCAGAAGAAUCUCUAUCUGAGGAGCAAUUCGAUGUGCAAUUUAAUGCGGUGGAUGUGAUAAGCAUGCUGGCAAACGAUGAUGCCGACAUGGGCGAGGACGUUGUUGACGAUGAGGAAAACGAAUUCCUAGCCCAGUUGGCAGCGACGCCUAGCGAAUCUUCGACGAUGCCAUCACCGAUCAAGAUCGAAGAAGAAGAACGUUCGCCGAAUUCGCUUUCUACGACGCAGAGAAAGGUCAUCAUCCAAAGCACGGCGAAACGACGAGUGCCAAGAGAAUAGUUUCGAGGCUAUUACGAUUUUGUAUUUUCUGAA